CCAUCUCUGACUUCGAUCAGAACGGUCACAAUUGUCUUUUUUUUCGUCUAUUAAUUCUUUUAAAAUGCCUGAUGCGUUUGAAAGUGCGUAUCCCCUGACGCCACCUUUGAAUCCCAACGAUAUACGCGCACGCGCAAACUCGUCGUCGAAACGAAAGCCGGUAGUGACGUUCUUGGCUGGCGAUGAAGCCGUAGAGAUUCCCGACAAAUCGAUAGUCGGUGUCGACAAGCCGUUGUCGAAGAGUGAAAGGAGCGAGCUGGAGUUGGACAGCUUUGCGGAAUCCCUUACUACGAUGCAGAAUACGUGGUUCGAUAAGAGAGAUCUCGCACACAGAAUCUUCGUCAACAGAUCAUUGCACUUGGAAAAUGUUAAAUUUUAUGGUUUUGAUAUGGAUUAUACAUUGGCCGAAUACAAAUCGCCACAAUAUGAAACAUUAGGGUUUAAUUUAACUAAAGAAAGAUUAGUUAACUUGGGAUACCCAAGUGAGAUUCUAGAAUUUGAAUAUGAUCCUUCUUUUCCUGUUAGAGGUCUAUGGUUCGACACGUUGUAUGGCAACCUACUAAAAGUAGACGCUUAUGGCAACAUUCUGGUCUGUGUGCAUGGAUUUGAAUUCUUGAAACAUUCCCAAGUGUACGAAUUAUAUCCAAAUAAAUUCUUGACUCUCGACGAGUCUAGAGUGUAUGUGUUGAAUACAUUGUUCAAUUUGCCGGAGACGUAUUUAAUUGCGUGCUUGAUAGAUUUCUUCACAAACUCUCCACAGUAUACAAGAGAAAAAAGCGGCGUAAGAUGUGGGGAUUUGGCGAUGUCAUUCAAAUCUAUAUUCCAAGAUGUCCGAAGCGCGGUUGACUAUGUCCACAUACAUGGGGACCUCAAGUCCAAGACUAUAGAGAAUCUGGACCUCUACCUGAAGAAGGAUAAACGUCUCCCAACCUUCCUGUCCAGGAUAACAGAGAGCGGAGCCAAACUGUUCAUACUAACUAACAGCGACUAUAACUUCACAGACAGGAUAAUGAAUUACUUGUUCGAUUUCCCGCAUGGCGCUCAAGCGACUGACCCUCACAGGAACUGGAAGACUUACUUCGACUGGAUUGUGGUGGACGCGAAGAAGCCCUUGUUCUUCGGCGAGGGCACCACGCUGCGACAAGUGGACACGCAGACCGGCGCUCUCAAGAUGGGCUACCACGUCGGUCCGCUGCACGAGGGCCUCGUCUACUCCGGAGGUUCGUGUGAUGUGUUCACUGAGCUGAUCGGCGCUAAGGGUAAGGACGUGCUCUACAUCGGUGAUCAUAUCUUCGGUGAUAUCCUCAAGUCUAAGAAGAUCGGUGGCUGGCGCACCUUCCUGAUAGUCCCGGAGCUGGUGCAGGAAUUGCAUGUAUGGACGGACAAGUGCCAGCUGUUUGCGCAGCUGCAGAACUUGGACGUCCAGCUAGGGGAUAUGUACAAAGACCUAGACUCGAGCACGAAGGAGAAGCCGGAUAUAUCGAAGCUGCGCAGUUCGAUCCGUGACGUCACGCACAAGAUGGACCUCGCGUACGGCAUGCUCGGCUCGCUGUUCCGCUCCGGCUCUCGGCAGACAUUCUUCUCGUCACAGAGACGACACCGCACAUGAAAUUAUCGAUGUUAAGACGCAGGCGUCAGUGCCCCACGUGCGUCCGGAGACGCCGCGUCAACUGACGCACACGCACGACGACGACUGCUCUGAUGAUGAAGAUGUCACCAAGACCGCCAAGGCGUAGGCAACACUGCGUCAACACUGCUUCAACACCGCGUCAACGAGUUGACACUGCGUCAACACCGAGUUGGCACUUCCUCAACACCGAGUUGACACUUCGUCAACGCAGAGUUGUCACUAUGUCAACACCGACUUGUCACUGUGUCAACACCGAGUCCACACUGCGUCAACACCGAGUUGACACUUCGUCAACGCAGAGUUGUCACUGUGUCAACACCGAGUUGACACUGCGUCAACACAGAGUUGUCACUGUGUCAACAACGCGUUAACACCGGCAUACACUUCCAAAUGAUAUACUUACACCCGAAUUUAAACAUAUUACAGCAUCUUAAGGCAAGAUAAGGCUGUACAUAUGCCUGGUUUACACUUGACCAGCACAGUUGGACAGUAACAAUAAAUAACUGGACUGGCAUUAAACUAAUAGUGAGAAUACUAACGCGCCAGUGAGUCAGUAGUGUCUACCUGUCUACCCUGCGUGACUGUCCAAGUGUGAACCACGUAUGAAAUUCCAUUAAUGUUGACGUCUGUCAGAUUGUAAGCGGCGUUUACGAAGCGAAGUAAUUCGUUUUAGUUUUCGACUGUAAAUAAUGGAUUGAAAUUUUCACAUUGAAGUUAUAUUUUCAAAUUGUUCCGAGAAAAAAUCAGAUUAAUACCAUCUGAACAAAAUAAUUAAUUUUAAAUAUCGAUUUAUUUACAGAGUGAUCAAAAUAGAUUUCUGAAAAGUAAUGGCUGCAAUUAAAAUAACUUUUGUUUACAAAUAAAUGCGUCCAUUUUCAAUGGGAUUAGUAAAUACUUCGUAAUAUGUACAGUCAGCUCAAUUUACUUGUGAUGUUUUAUGCCAACAAGGGUUUUUAAAAUCGAAUUUUAUGUCUAUAACUGGCUUAAAUAUUAAUUACGUAAAUGUAACUGCCGCAGACUUAAUCGUCAGUUAAGUAGACAUUUAGCGUAGAUUUAAUCUAAGCUCCCUUAGUGCGGCAGUAAAUGUAAUAAAAUCGUAAUUUUAAAUGUUUAUGAUAAUUGUUUGCAUAAAAUAUGACAUUGCUAGGACGGACUAAAUUUCAUCGUUGUUAGGUAUAUAAGGCCUAGAUAUAACAGUAUGUUUUUAAAACGAAACAUUAGUGAUAUGGGUUUUAUUAUUAUAAAAAGUUAAUUUCUACAACUUGUUGAAGUAAACAAUCGUAAUAGAAUGUUUUAGAAAUCCUUGUCUACUUGCCUUCUGUCUACCCCCAUCGGGUUAAGCCAUGUUAUGUAUUAAUAGUAAAUUUCGUAAUUUUCAUGAAAUCCAUAUUCUGCUUACCCUCUAAGGGACUAGUUGAGCUUCAAAAUGUUAACUAUUUGUAUUGUGAAGUAACAAUAAAUGGUUUUGAUUACCGGAAUACUUGUUCAAAACUUUUUUUUAAGUUUGAAAGAGAUGACAAUGUGUACAGUCAGCUAUAUAUAUAUGUAUACAUUUACAAAAAUUGAAAAAAAAUUAUAAAAAAAUUACCUAACACUUUCGUUCGUAAAUUGACAAAUACGUUGUAAUGAAACGAAGAUAUACAUUUUCUAGUUUUGUAAAUGUACACAUUACAGCUAGAGCUAACUGUUACAGUCUCUGCAGUGGAAGCCUACUGUACGUCGUAUUGCUUCUUGAGCCUUUACAAUUGUUUCGUGUUAACUUGCGUUUGUUUUCUAAGUCAAUUAUUAUAUUAAUGUUUUUGAUUUAUAUAAAAUAUAUUUUUAACGGUCGCUGCUGAAAGAAACCGAAUGUUUUCAUAGUUUGUGUUAUGUCGAAAUUUUAUUUUAUGUUGUAAUUGAUAUUUGUUAUACAAGAU